UGCCCCACGCUUUGUUUUUUAACAGCUUUAUUGAGGCCUCGCACCUCUAAUCCCAGCCACUGGCUGCCUGCUCUGGGAAACCCACGCCAGCCUGCAUCCUCUGCGGUACCUCCAGCUCUGCUCCAGCCCAGAUGUGACUCCACACCCCGGCUGGGUGUUCCAAGUCAUGGCCGACACCAUCUUCGGCAGCGGGAAUGAUCAGUGGGUUUGCCCCAAUGAUCGGCAGCUUGCCCUGCGAGCCAAGCUGCAGACGGGCUGGUCUGUGCACACCUACCAGACAGAGAAGCAGAGGAAGAGCCAGUGCCUCAGCCCAGCCGAGGUGGAGGCCAUCCUGCAGGUCAUCCAGAGGGCCGAGCGGCUUGACGUCCUGGAACAGCAGAGAGUCGGGCGGCUGGUGGAGCGGCUGGAGACCAUGAGGCGCAAUGUGAUGGGGAACGGCCUCUCCCAGUGUCUGCUCUGUGGGGAGGUGCUGGGCUUCCUGGGCAGCUCAUCGGUGUUCUGCAAAGACUGCAGGAAGAAAGUCUGCACCAAAUGCGGGAUCGAGGCCUCCCCCGGCCAGAAGCGGCCCCUGUGGCUGUGUAAGAUCUGCAGUGAGCAGAGAGAGGUCUGGAAGAGGUCGGGGGCCUGGUUCUACAGAGGGAUCCCCAAGUACAUCCUGCCCCUGAAGACCCCCGGCCAGGCCGAUCGCCCCCACUUCCGACCAUUGCCCACGGAGCCAGCAGAGCAAGAGCCCAGAAGUACUGAGAGCAGCCGCGUCUACACGUGGGCCCGAGAGAGAGUGGUUUCCAGCGACAGUGACAGUGACUCAGAUCUCAGCUCCUCCAGCCUGGAGGACAGACUCCCACCCACUGGGGUCAGGGACCGGAAAAGCGACAGACCCUGGGGGGAAUCAGGUGGCAGCAUGGAAUCAUCAAAGAUGGGGCCUCCCCGCCCACCCAGCCACCUCUCAGGGAGCGAGCGCAGCCUGGCCAUCGAGACGGGACCGGCUCUGCAGACCCACAGUGGGGGGCCCACCCAGGCCGGACCCAAAAGGCCACAAAGGCACACCUGGGCGAGCCCCUGCUGCUGACGUGGGCUCCGACGGUCCCCUCUGCCUGCCCUGAGCAGAGGCGCGCUUGGUGCGUGGGGCAGACUUUCCAGUGGAAGAGCUUGAGAGAGAGAGAAAGCGCUGGAGCCAGACCCUACCCGGCUCCUUCCUGACCAGUCCCAGGGCCCUCCACCGCCAGCCCUGUCGGACGUGACCUCUGACUCGACAAACCAGUGUUUGCAAGGCUGAGUCUGCUUCCCCCAACCCAGUGCCUUUCUGCACCCCUUCUCUCCUGGGAGCCCCCCUCUCCACCGCCACCCCAGUCACUCCCCUCAGCUGUGACCUUUAUUUAUUGCCCCCAGCCCCACCCCCAGUCUACCCCUAUGUUCAUUUUAAGUUUGCUCUCGUCUUAGUUGGACUGGAAGGGCCUUCAGACCCACCUUCUGGGGCCUUCCCCUAUGCACUGCAAUUUCAGAGGGUGCCAGGUAGGGCUUUCUCCAUAUUGGUAUUCAUGGAAAAAGAAAUCAGAGCCUGAGCGUGACCCUUCACACCUGAGCAUGGCCCCCGGAGAGGAACCCAGAGCAGGUGGGAUGAGAGAUCCACCCAUCCUCCCCCUUCCCCUGCGGCUCUGAACGUGGAUGCGGCCUCCUCCCUCCCCACCCAGGAGCUGCUGUUGAACCUGGCUCUCGGUUAGGUUUCUUGGAAGCCCUCCUUGGCCUCCCCGAGGGCUGCUGGAGCUGGAAAGGGUUCUGGUGAACACUGUGAAUUCACUCACUGGAGAGCAAGCAGCCUUCAGCUGAGCCCCCUGCUGGGCGUGAAGCUCCCUAAGCCAUUAAUCCACUCCCCUUCAGUAGGUUCAGUUUGGCAGAAAAACACUUAAUUCAAAGUGUGGGCAGAUGCUUCUGGAAAGCCUUUCCUGGAGGAGAGAGAAUGCGUGAUUCUGUGUGUAUGGCGUCCACACCCCCCCUCCUGACCACCCCGGGCCUGGUCCUCGAAGGGCCUUCUUCUCCAGGCUCUCAGGCCCCCACCAUUAGCCCUUUUGCCCUAGUCGCUGGCAGACAGUUAAAAAAAAAAAAAGUAAUAAAAACACUGUUUCCCUGUGACAAGUUAUGCUUCCGAAUAAAAACAAUAAAGAUUAGAAUUUGCAUUGAGCCAGCGUGUUGAUCAAAAGGCCACAAUCACUUGUGUUUCUGAGAUGCAUCAGUAGAGAAAUGGAUGGAAGAAAUGUGGUACGUUGGUUGCUGGAACACUUGCUAAGCCGCAGUAAAAGGAAUGAGCUAGAUCUGCGUGGGUUAGAAGGGCUCACAAGCCUAACGUUGAAUGGGAAAAACAAGGCCAUCUAAGUAGAAAUAAAAAGUACAGAUAAUCAAAAUGAGUCAUAUGAACUUACAUGUAAAUGUGUCAAAACGCGUGUAAAAUGGGCAAGGAUUUGUGGUUAAACACUGUGGACUGAACACAUCUGUAUUUCCUCUGUCUCCCCAAACCCCACCAAAAUGACAUAAAGGAAUGAAAAUGGCAUGAACUGCAAAGAUGGCAGCAGGUAAGAGAGGUCUGAAAACUUUGGAAGCUGGAAGAGUAUAACUUGUUUAGUGCCAGCUUCCCCCACUCCCCAAAGUGUCUAAGAGAGCUGGCAACGCUUAACAAGCCCAUUUUCUCUGCAGAAUCCCCCACAUGCUCAGAACAUGGAGGGACCGGGUAUCCCUAAGGCAGGAGUUCAAGAUGGUGUGAAAAUAGUAUUGGUUGGAAGAAGUGGUUAGACCCGAGCCCAGAUUGCACGUGACUGCCCUUCUCUGAUCCUGGUAGAAGACAGGUGUACAGCUGGCCAAGGUUGAACUAGAAGGAUUCUGGAUUGGGAACCCCAAGACCAGCCAAAGGCUGGGGUGAAGCGAUGGUUAAUGGGGAGACCCUCAGCCCCCUUCCUCUGCUGACAGCUGGGCCUGUUCCCAUCCAGCCACCCCAAGGCAGGACAUUAUUGAAUUUCUCUCUGGGAAACUGAGCAAAGAGAAAAGACUGACAGAUCCUGAAAUUGACAAUUCCCCAGUCUCUACCCAGUCACCACUAUGAGGCCCCCAUUCCCAAGCCCUACCCACAUGUACAGAGCUUCCUGUUAGCUUUGUUGUGUUACAGUCAUAGUGGCAACAGCCAGGGGCACCAGCAGUUGACCAAAACCAACAGCUCCAGUACACAGAAGAAAGGGGUCAGAGAACAGUCCUCUGAAGAUAUUUGCCCAUGAAACAGGAAGAGAGUGUCAUUUUUAAAAGGAAGUGUUAAAGCGCUUGAAAAUUUUUUAAAAAUAUAUAAUAGCAGAAAUUUUUAAAGGCAUUAGAAGGGAUGGAAGAUGUGAGAAAAUCUCCCAGAAGGUAAAACACCGAAACAAAGAAAAGUCAGGACCAUUGGACAACCAAAACAUCAGAUCCAUGCAGAAGGUCUAACCUCCAACUAAUAGGAAUUUCAAGCCAAGAAACAGAAAAGAGAGGAGAGAAAAUUGUAGAAGAAAUGAUACAAGAAUAUCUCCUAGGACUGAAGGAAAGGAGCUUUCACAGAGCAAGAACCCACCAAGUGCCGAGCACAGUGACAUAAAACCACAGCCGUGCGGUGGGCCACCACCAUCGUGAGCUGCCAUGUGGCAAUACCUGUAGAUGAAGAUGCACCUGGCCUGCAGGUGCCGUGCAAUCACCUGAAAUCUUGCUAAAACAGAUUCUCACCCACCGAGUCUGGGCCAGGGGCUGAGCAUGUACGUCUAUCAAGUUCCCAGAUGAGGCUGCUGGCUAGAGGACCACAUACCCUGAGGAAUACUGGUCCAGAGCAGUGGUGGUCACCACUGACAGCUCAUUGGAAUCACUUGGCCAGCUUUACACACACUCAUGCUGGAUGCACCCCUAGAGAUUCUGGUUUAAUCAAUUUGGGGCCCAGCCUUGACUCUAGGAUUUUGUAAAGCUCCCCGGAUGACUCCACGUGCUGGCAGAACCAAGAACCAUUUCCCUACAGAAACUCUUCUAUGUGUGCUCCAGAAGAUGUGCACAGGAUGUUUAGAGCACUACCUUUUUAUUAGGUAAAAACUGGGGACAACCUGAAUACCAUCGACAGAAGACGAGAUCCAUAAAUUGUGAUAUAAUCAGGCCACGCUUAGUAUAGAUGACUCUCACAAACAAUGCUGAGGAAAGAAACAGAUGGCAGAAAAAAUAAAUAUGUUAUGACACCAUCUAUAUAGAGAUUUUAAAACAUGCAAAAAUGUUAUAUAUUAACAUAUAUUUUAUGCAGUGGAAGAAUAAAGAAAUGCAUAGGAAGGAUAAACAACAGCUUUCAAGAUACAUCUUGAGAAGAAGAGGCACAAGGAACGGUUUCAACUUUACUGAUAAUGUUUCAUUAAUCUCAGCGAUGGAUAGAUGGGUUUGUAAUAUUUAUAAUAUUUCAUUAUAUGUCAUAUUUGAAUUAUUUUUAUAUGUCUGAAAUCUUUCAGAAUAAAAAUUUAGGGAACUAUAGCAAGGCUUAUCAUGAAAUUUCAGGACACCAGGAUAAAAAUCCUAAAGAAAAAAAAUCCUAAGACCUUCCAAAGAGAACAAAAUUUUUUGAAACAUGUCAUAUACCAAGGGUCGGGGGUUAACAUGGCUUUGAAAUUCUCAAAGCAAAUUUUGAAGCCAGAACACAGUGAAGAAGUAUCUUCCAAAUUCUGGCAGGAAAUGAUUUCUAAUCUGGGUUUAUAUCCACCCAGAUCUUAGUGACAGUAGAAUGAAGAUAUUUUCAGACUUGUGAAGUUUUGUUUUGUUUUGUUUUAAUUUACCUCCCAUACAUUCUUUCUCAGGCAGCUACUACAGGAUGUGCUCCAGCCAAACAAGGGAGAAAACCAGGACACAGGAACACAGGAAACUGAGGAUGCAACAGAGGAGAGGGGCAAAGACAGGCCCCAGGAUGUUGGCAGUGGCUGUGUGUGUGGGCUAGAGGCCAAGGCCAGCCAGCCCAGAUUGGAGCAUGAGGGCAGGAGAGAUACCCAAGGAUGUACAAACAGGAUAAGAAGCAUACCUGUGUUGGAGAGAUUGAAUAUGAUAUCAUGAUAUUCUAUAUCAUGACAUAUAAUAUAUAAAACUGAAAAAUCAAGAAGUAGAAUCAGCAUGAGAUUUCAGUACAAAGGAUUGUUGUGGAAAUUAAAAACUCGAAAGCACCUGUAAAACUCCUACCACUGCUAUUAGUCAUGACUCCCAUAGGAUUCAGACGUGGCCCUUGCCUCAAGAGUUGUUUAGAUGACGUAAGAAGGCGGAUUCUUGACCACUGCACCACCAGGGAAGUGCAGGAGAACAACUUUGAAGACCCAUGGAUCUAGUGGAACCAGUUUACCUGUGUCUCCCUGGACUGACACCCCUAGACCGACCCAGGCAGGGGAGCGGCGGGCGGGUGAUGAGGACCGGGCUGGCGGAGAAAACACAGCGCCCCACUGGACGAGGAGACAAGCCUGGGACCGAGUGCUGCUGCCACACGCCACCCCUGGACAGAGGCCCCGCCCCCGGCUGCUCCUUAGCCCUGAAGCAAAGAGCGUCCACAGGCCCAGCAGCAGGAAGGAAGCCUCUGGAAACUGACCAAGCUGUCUGGAUCCUCCACCCCAGGCCGCCCCAGCCCUGUGCUCUGCCCCCAGGGAGGGAGAGAAGCCUCCGGCAUAAGGAGACCAGUAUGUGGGCCUCUCACUGUUGUGGCCUCUCCCGUUGCGGAGCACAGGCUCCGGACGCGCAGGCUCAGCGGCCAUGGCUCACG